AUGGGAGAUAUAGUUCUCUUGACAGGACUCAUUACUGGAACUGCUAAGUACCAGCCUGAGGCGGCUGGAAAAGACGGCCUGCGAACAGCUGAGUCUCUCCUGCCCCCAGGUAUGAUAAAGAAUUGGGGUCUAACGGGAGAGCAGUACUCUCUGUUACAGACCGCCGUGGAGCGGUGCCAGAAGAAGAGGCACUGCAGACUUCAGCCAUCGACUAACGGGUUCACAACCGACCCUUGCCCUGGGGUCGCCAAGCACAUGCAGAUAGUCUACAACUGCAGGCCCUAUGAAUUUAGAAGCAAAACAGCUUGCGAAAAUGAAGUUGUCCAGCUGCAGUGUGGGCCCAAUUCCAGAAUCGCCAUAUAUUCUGCCUCCUAUGGAAGAACCCAAUACGAAAGUGUCCAGUGCCCGCAAACUCAAGGAGUGCCCGAAGAAACUUGUUUGGCGGGCUACGCGACUGAAACGGUUAUAAGAUUCUGUCAUGGGAAAAGGCGAUGUGCUCUUUCUGUGGAUUCAGGUACCUUUGGCAGCCCUUGCAGAAAAGAAUCGAGGAUGUACCUGAAAGUCGUUUACACUUGUGUGCCAAGGCAGGUUCUGCUGACUAAUUCAGAACAGCUGCAAGAACUGGAUGAGCCUUUGGACCCGUCAGAGGACUGGCUAGACUACGAAGAAGAGGGUCAAGCUGCCCCCAACACUAGCGGUCACCACAACUCAAGCACCGCAUCCAACGAAUCCAUCACUCUCCAUCAUAACCGUGGAGGUAAAGUUCGAAGGGACACCAAAAAGCUGAGCUCACUAUCCGUCAACUGUACCGUCGAAGGGAUUCAGCCCCAAGGGAUCGGAUUUAUCUCUCAAUGGAUGUCAGUGUAUUUCUUCCUCUCAAAUAACAUCGAACGACUGGUGCUGUACAUAGCUGUCUCAGCCGGUGGAGGUUUGGUUUGCCUCCUCGCCUUGGUCGCAGCUAGGCUUGCCUGGGUUCGCCGCAAGCCUCCUGCUCCACCGUCUGUACCAUCUUACACAGGGGAGAUGUUCGAAGGGGAUGUAGACCUCACGAUAGCCACUCCUCUGCCCACGGAGCCUAGUGAGGUAGCAAAAACAUAUGCCUAUAACAUGUUUUCGUGGUGCGGUACCCAGCAUCGGUUCCUCCUCGGAGCCUUUCAGCUGCCAAUUCCCAAUAUUACUUCGGCUGACCGGAACUUACUGAAGAAGCAGCAUCUAAAAGUAACUGCUCCUAGAGACACGACCCCUUUAAGUGCCUAUUGAAAUCGUAUAUUAUAUUAACCGAUAAUUAUACACAUUAUUUGUUGGUUGUAGUAAUCUAGUUGUAUAUAUUGCUGUAUUAUACGAAUUACCUUCACAUAUAAAUGUUAUUUCUAGUCUAAUUGUACUUUAGCAUUAUUAAUGUUUAUCGUCAAUACUAGUCUUCAUAGAUAGCAUUCUAUCACAUUAAUAUUUCUUUUCAUGUUUUCGUUAUUAUAUAUUAUGGUAUAUGUUUAUAAAUUAUUUUAAAUGACUGUUG